AGUAGAUAGAAAGCCCACGACCAGCAAUUUCCCGGAUAAAAAUAAAUAAAUCUGUUCGGCUAUGGUCCUCUCCGUCUCCGUCCACGAAUCAUCACCAGGCCAAGCCGGCAACACGCCACUUCUUCUGGGAGAGGAAUUCCCUCGAACACCCCGUGCGCGCAUCCCGCGCGACCUCUGUCCGAUCGAAUGGCGGUAACGAACUGAGCUAGGAGGGAGUACGUGGCUCCAAUGGCGUCCCUUCCCCCCUUAUCCGCUGCCGCCGCCUCUCUCCUGCGGCACCACGUCUGCUUCAGCCACCCCACUUCUUCCCGGAGCUGCUUCGCCGAGAGCGAGAGCUAUGGAUGCUGCGGCGGAGUGCCUAACGCCGGGCGCUGCACGAGGCUGCGGCUGCGGCGGAGGAGCCCGGUACGUGCCAAGGUCGGCGAGGUGGAGAAGGACAAGGGCGCCGAUUUGGGGCUCCGCACGGACCAGCCCAAGAGCCUGCGGCGGCGCCUGCGGCUCAGGCCGCGGCUGCGGGUGCUGCGGUGGCGUCUCCUGCGGCUUCUGUCGCCGCGGGAGCUCGCCGGCGACGCCGUGGCGGCGUUGCGGCGGGCCAUCCGUCGCGUGCCGCCGCCUGCGGUCGCGUCGGUCGUCCUGGGGGCCCUCCUGCUCGCCGCGCGGCUCACGCUGCCCAAAAACCCGGCCCAGGAGGUGGCCUACGCGGACCUCCUGGCGGGGCUGCGCGCGGGCGCCGUGACCGCCGUCGCGUUCGAGGAGGACUCGCGCCGCAUCUACUUCAGCAAGGCCGAGGACGCCGGCAGCGGCGAGGACGAGCGCGAGACCGGCAGGGGCGCCGCCGUGCCGAAGUGGCCGUACUACGCGAGGAGGGUGCCGCACGACGAGGGCUUCCUGCUAGGGCUGAUGCGGGAGGGCGGGGUGGACUACCGGUCUGCUCCACGGCCGGCGGGGAGGCUGCUGGUGGACAUGCUGACCACGCUGCUCACGCUGUGGUUCUCAUUGCUGCCGAUGAUGUGGUUCUUGCAGAGGCAGAUGUCGUCUGGGGGCAACGCGGACAAGCGCCGCCGGCCCAGGAAGCAGCAGGUGGGGUUUGACGAUGUCCAGGGCGUGGAUGAAGCCAAGGAGGAGCUUGUCGAGAUAGUGAGCUGUUUGCGUGGUUCACUGAACUACAAGAAGCUAGGAGCGAGAUUACCCAGGGGUGUUCUGCUUGCUGGCCCUCCUGGAACCGGGAAAACUUUGCUGGCGAAGGCAGUUGCAGGAGAGGCUGGAAUUCCAUUCUUCUCUGUUUCUGCAAGUGAAUUUGUUGAAAUGUUUGUUGGAAGAGGAGCAGCCCGUGUAAGGGAUUUGUUCAAGGAAGCCAAAGAAGCUGCUCCGUCAAUCAUUUUUAUUGACGAACUUGAUGCUGUUGGUGGAAGCAGAGGUAGAAGUUUUAAUGAUGAGAGGGACCAAACCCUAAAUCAGCUGCUUACAGAAAUGGAUGGUUUUGACUCGGACGUGAAAGUUAUUGUCAUGGCUGCUACUAAUAGACCUAAGGCUCUGGAUUCUGCUCUUUGUCGGCCUGGUCGCUUCUCAAGAAAGGUUUUUGUUGGUGUGCCUGAUUUGGAGGGCCGCAGAAAGAUUUUGGCUGUUCAUCUCAGAAAAGUUCCUUUAGAAGAGGAUUCCGAAAUAAUUUGUGAUCUGGUUGCUAAUGUGACCCCAGGAUUGGUUGGUGCAGAUCUAGCAAACAUUGUUAAUGAGGCUGCUCUACUAGCUGCUCGAAGAGGUGGCGAUAUUGUGGCUCGGGAGGAUAUAAUGGAUGCCAUUGAGAGGGAAAAAUAUGGGGUCAAUGGUAGACAAAAGGGUCCUGAUUCUGCAAGAGAAGGCCUUACCAAGCUAUUUCCAUGGUUACCUAAAUCUGGAAAUAAACCAUCAAAUCCAGAUGAUUUUCAAGGACUUAUGGGGUAUCAUACGUUAAGCUAACUGGAGUUUGUCAAGAUCCACAGAAGAGAUAAGCAUCAACUGACAUGACAUCAAAAUCGUCCAUGAACAAGGGGACCUGCUGGGUACGAUUGCAAGGCAGCAAAAUAUACAAUUCAAGUCUAUCUGUGAAGGAGACUGCACUGUGCACUCAGUGGGGCAGUGGACUGGUGCACCAUUUGGUGAAUUUUGAUGCGACUCGACAAGCAGAAAACUGUUACGGAUGAUAAUAGAUUAGCAUGUGAAUGUGCAAUACACGGUCCAUGAAUUUUACCAGUGACUGGGAUCAAUUUUACGCCCCGUAAUUUUGAUACAGGCACUUGAACCUUUUUCUGUGCCAUAGCUGAUAAUGUCAAUAGAAUAGUCUGCACUAGAUUACAAGAUAGGGUCACACCAAUUCUGCUGUACACGAACUUGCCAUUUGGCUCACUUUGCACCAUCUAAGAGUUCUGCCGCAGUUGGAUCCACAACAAUGUAUAGGAUUGCAAGUAGACAGAUUGCUCAUCAGAUCAGCCAAUCUUUAUGCCUUGCCACAUUUCUGGUUAUGUCAUUUUCAGCUUCUGUUACUCUGUAAUUGUCUGUUGUGGAUAGAUUUGUUAGCUCUCAAAUAUGAUAAUUUUCAAUUUAUUGUA